GCAGGCGUGGUGCGGGCCGCUGAGCUAAGAUGGCGGUGCGUGGAUGGCUGCGUUGCUCGGUGCUGUUUCUUUUUGCCGCCACUUCGUGUUCUGGCCUUUACUUCCACAUUGGGGAGACAGAGAAGAAAUGCUUCAUCGAGGAGAUACCCGACGAGACCAUGGUCAUAGGUAAUUAUAAAACACUGAUGUAUGACAAACAGAGGGAACAGUAUUUGCCUUCUCCUCCAGGGCUAGGAAUGUUUGUGGAAGUGAAAGAUCCUGAUGAAAAGGUUAUUCUUUCACGACAGUAUGCUGCUGAGGGAAGAUUCACAUUCACCUCUCACAUUCCAGGAGAACAUCAGAUCUGCCUGCACUCUAAUUCCACCAAACUCUCUCUCUUUGCAUCAGGAGUGCUGCGUGUUCAUUUGGACAUCCAGGUUGGUGAACAUGCAAAUGAUUAUGUUGAGAUUGCAGCAAAGGACAAACUCUCGGAGCUUCAGCUUCGAGUGAGGCAACUGAUUGAACAAGUGGAACAAAUACAGAAAGAGCAGAACUAUCAGCGAUAUCGGGAGGAACGAUUCCGGGGGACCAGUGAAAGCACCAAUCAGAGAGUACUGUGGUGGUCAAUCGUGCAAACGCUGAUACUUAUUCUGACUGGAAUCUGGCAGAUGAGACACUUGAAAAGCUUCUUUGAGGCCAAGAAACUGGUGUAGGGCAUGGUUGCAUUGAUCUGUUCUUGAUUUGAUUUAAAUACAGUACGAGGCUGAUUGGCCAAAAGCAUAUUUUCAGUUACACAAGUCAUGGCUCAUUGGAUUUUGCCAAAUUCCAUCCUCCUGUCCCCUCCGCAACCUCUGACACGCAGUGCCUCCAAAUGAAACUUGGCAAGGAGCAACAGUUUUUUGCCAUUUGGUUUUUUGAAAGAAGCCUUGGCUGUUUAAAAAGGCAGCUCUGCCCAACCAAUAUCAAAUGGUUGGAGUUAACUGUACUUUGUUGUUUCUGGACUUCCAGUAUCUUGUCAAGCCACUGUAAAUGUUUCCUUUUUUCAAAGCUUUGUUAAGUAAGUUGACUAAUUUUAAUGUCUUAGAACUUUUUAAGCAUCAAACAAUGUCCUGUGAACAUCCCCUUGAGGCUUACAUAAUGCUAACUUUUUACUUUAUCUGAUAUAUAUUUGUGUAACAGCAGUCUCACUAUCACCAGAUGAGAUCAUGGAGUUAUGAGUAGAGCUUUUGGAUGUUAUAGACUCAGCACUGUCUAUGUAACUAAACAAGAAUUAGAUUAUUUAUAAUUUUCUAAGUGGAAUUGAAUUCCUUUGACUUGAGGAGGGGACAUGGUUAAUCAAUUAAUGCUCUGGUUUGCUUAUAAUGUGUGCAAAAAAAUAUAUAUAAUUUAUUGUCCUGUCAUCUCUUUGUAAUUGGGAACCUUGCUUUGGUUAUGUGAAAAUCAUUUGGGGGAUGAUCAUUGAUGUAGGAACCACUGCGUCCUUGUUACUAUGAGGGAUGUUGUGUUCGGACUUGAGUUUGAAAGGAGUGAUGUUACAUUUAUUGAGCUGUAAUUAUAUAUACAGCAUUAAAUAUCUGUAACAAGACUUUGGUGACAAUCAGGAAUCCAGUGGCACACAGGCAGGAGUAGAAACUGUAGGUCUCCUACUCUGGCAAAUUAACUUUUCCAGCGCCCCAUUAACCAGACAAGCAAAAUGUACUGUACACAAAAAAUUUGAAUUUAGCUUUGUUUUAAUGGAUUAAUAGCAAUUGGGUGGAAAUUUCAUUAGCUUUGUAGGGCUUUCUUUCUUUUUUGAAUUUCCCCUUUAUUAGUGGGGUAAAUGAAUGAAUGUGAUCAUUGCAACCAUAUGCUGUUGUAAAUUAGGGGUGGGGUGUUUUCAUUGUAUGAUGGGCAGAAUGCCUUGGGUUGCAUUCAUUAGGUUUUCCAGUGAGAAUCUGUUAGGUAGAAUAUCAAGUGGCGAAUCGUUCAGGACCGGUUAACCCAGUUGGAGUAAAGUUCUCUGUGAUGUGGGACUUUCUGAGCUGUCUGAGCUACUUUGUAUCCUUCAUUACAACUAGUCAUUAAUUUGUUUGUGUUUGGUGUUUCCUGGUUGUAAUAAUACAGCUUGAUCACUUGCAUGGAUAUCUAAAUGUUGUGGUCCACCUUUGUUGGUACCUAGAUUAUUCGAGGGGAAAGCACCAACAAUCUAGCUCUCCAGGUUUAAACUGUUCUAAAAACUGAGGUAAUGGUUGCAGUUGAGGAGCAGUUUCCUUGGAUUGUUGGUCCCUUAUGUUUCCAAACCAUAUGCCAUGAUUGCUCUAUUAUAAAUCAUGCUGUCAAAUAAAUUUUGAGCUCUAUUUUUAAUUCAAUCAUUCCUACAAUCUGCACCCCGGCCCUCGAUCAUAGGUUGAUAAGUUGAAUGUUAACAAAUGGAUGUGUUGCCUCCCAUUUUAAAGAACGAACUUUCCAAUCAUUUCUCCUGAAGCUAUUUUCCUGGCUUGGGAAUCUUUUGGAAGCAUACCUCUAUCUUACUACUAAAACAGUUUGUAUUAGUCCACUUGAUUUGGACAUGCAUGACCAUAACCCUUGGUCUUCGGUGCUCUUCAACUUCAAACUUGAUGGGGAAUGAUUUUUAUCAACAGUCCCUAAGUAGAGUUGUCAAGGUGGUCUGCCUCUGUGACCAACUUAAGUGCUGCAGUGUAACAUGCACUCUAGGAACAUGAAGCAAACAGAGCUUAUUAUGGGAGAGCCUAUAGGAAAGGGGAAAAAAUUAGGAAAAGGAUUCAUCAUAGAAAUGUGGCUAACUGAAACAGUAAUGGAGACACUAAUGGCUUGAGCUAAAAGUUAUUUUAAAAAGUGGAUUAAAUAUUCAAGAAUUUUACUCUUGGAUUGCUGGGAAAAUGGUAUGACGCUGCUACUGAUAAAUGGGCACAAUACAUGUUCUCUCAUCAAUAAUAUCUGUGAAGGAGCCUUGUUACAUGGAUUCUAUUUAGUUGUGUUUAGAGAGAGGAAGAAAGGUGGAUGAAGCCAUUAUUUGUGCCUCCUGUCUGUGGUGGUUAACUACAAGUAGAAUCAUCUGUUUAAGAGUAGUUCUGAGUGCAGAUUUCUAAGUGGAGUUGGAUAAAGCUGAAUUUAUUAAAUCCAGAUAAAGGGUUGUACAAUGAACUGGGAGUUGCUUUUCCAAAAUGGACUAUGUAUUUGGCUUGGAUGCAAAACCUUUGUUGCAUAGAGCCAAUUACUUACAAGUUGUUGAAAUAAAUUGUGCCCAAAAGUAAAUUUAUUCUUGUUCCUUUAACACUUUCCAUUUGUUUUUCCACUCGAUUUUUAUUUGGAACUUCAUAUAUUUUGUUUAGAGGUUUAUGUUGCUUAAAGAGAUUCCCUCCUCUUUGUUGCAGUAAAUGGUUUGUAGUUAAGUUGACUGUGGACCAUUUUUCAUAUAUUCCUCAUUUUUGAAAUAAACUAUUUCUAUCUUUGUU